AUGUCUUCCACCACGACCCCUCCGGCUCGAACUCCAUUUCUACGCUCACUGUCAUCAAGAUCCUUACUUACAUCCUCCAAAGACAAACCUCGACUCUAUAUUGUCCUCUAUCCAAGGGGAGGCUCGUCACCCACCUCCUCAUUCCGCAACGACCUGAAUUGCGAUGCCUAUCACUGGUCUGUAGUUGUAGGGCCGCAAACGGCCAUCAGGAUCAACCAAGGCACGCGCUAUCAUGUCGCCCAUCUGGAUCAAGAGGCCGGCAAGUAUCUAUUCGAGGACCAAGAUGUCGCCUCCAACCCGGCCUUACAAGCGGGUCUGAUCCGCGUCACCGUGGCCAAGGUCACAGACGAAGCACGUCUACAAUCCAUCCUCCGAUCCAUUCCAAUUCGACAGGACGACACGGCAUUCAACUGUCUGACCUGGGUUCGCGAGGCCUUCGUCAAACUUCAUCAAGACGGUAAGUCGCUCAAGAGCUAUCUAAAGGAAGACGACUGGGGUGCCGUCGAGAGUUGUGCGAGGAAAUACUGCAGGCGCAAGAGGGACAUUGGCCGUUGGACCGAAGACCGGGUUCCUCGCGGCUUGUGGAACAUGGACAAAAUCAGCACCUUCAAUUUUUGGGAGAAUCGAGAAACAACGCCCUGA